AUGGCAUCCAGACAGUUUCUCACCAAAGAUCCCGCCUGGAUCAAGUUAAAGAAUUACUAUGAUGCUAACGGCAAGAAUAUUAACAUGUUAAACUUGUUCAAAGAGGACCCAGAUCGAUUCAAGAAGUAUAGUGUUGUGCUUCAGGGAAGGGAUGGUGCAAUCUUGGUGGACUAUUCCAAAAACUUGAUCAAUGCUGAAGUAUUUGGAUAUCUAGUGGAUUUGAUCAAAUCCACUAAAGUGCCAGAGAUGAGGGAUGCCAUGUUUUCUGGGGAGAAAAUUAACUUCACAGAAAACCGAUCUGUUCUCCAUAUUGCUUUACGAAACAGGAGCAACACUCCGAUCCUAGUGGACGGACAAGAUGUGAUGCCUCUUGUCAAUGGAGUUUUAGCACACAUGCGCACAUUCACAGAACAGGUACGCAGUGGAGCCUGGAAAGGUUACACUGGGAAGGCAAUCACAGACUGCGUCAACAUCGGUAUUGGUGGAUCUGACUUGGGCCCUGUGAUGGUCACAGAAGCCUUGAAGAAAUACCAGUGUGGCCCCACCGCCCAUUUUGUCUCCAAUGUUGAUGGAACUCAUAUUGCUGAGACUUUAAAGACUCUGAAUCCAGAGACCACUCUGUUUAUCAUAGCAUCUAAAACUUUCACCACCCAGGAGACUAUCACCAAUGCAAUAUCAGCUAAAAAGUGGUUUUUGGGCCAUGCAAAGAAUGAUUCUGCUGUGGCCAAACACUUUGUAGCUUUGUCAACAAACACU